GCAGAGUUCCAUCGCGGCGACUUCCAGGCACGGCUCCACCUUCUCGGCGGCUCCCCCCUCGAGGGCGCCCUCGCAGAUUGCCGAGGAGAGGCUCGCCGCUGCCAGGGCCAAGCUCGGCGAGAGGCGCGUGGCGAUCAACCUGGAAACCUCCGAGCAGCACUCGCUGACGGCCAAGCUGAAGAUCCGCGAGCUCAAGGACCAGCUCAGAAAGACGAG